AUGGGUAUCAUAGGCCGUGGAAAGAAUUGUGAAGGAGUCCUUGUGGCCUCAUGUGACAAUGGCUGGAGGGAGCAGAAACGAUUCUGUGUCUCCAACCUGAAAAGAUUUGGAAUGGGGAAGAAAACACUUGAAAAGAGAGUGUGUGAAGAAGCUGGAUAUUUGUGUGCUGAGUUGAAAUCUCAAGAAGGUUUUCCUUUUGACCCACAUGACUUCAUCUACACUGCAGUGGGCAAUAUUAUCUGUACAUUAGUACUUGGUGAUCGCUUUGAAUAUCACAGUAAAAAAUUCCUGGCGCUUAUGCAUUCGACUGAAGGGAUCAUAAAGGCAGCAUCCAAUAACUUGUCUCUGCUCUGCCCACUCCUCUCUCCCUCUCUCCCCUCUCUCAUGGCUCGCCUUCCUUGGGCAGCUCUUCUUCCCUCUUCUUAUCUCCGGGGGCUCCCUUUGGCAGAAAAUAUACUUAUGUACAUUUUUUCCCUUUCAUUGAUCUAUCAGUUUAUUAUUUAUAUAUCCUGGUUUUCCUAUCUUCCUGGACCUCAACAAAAAAUUAAGAAAGACUGGGAUGAUUUCAAUACAAUUAUAAAAGAGAUUGUGAAUGAACAUAAGAAAACAAGAGGUCCCAACAAUCCAAGAGGUUUGAUUGAUGCCUUUUUGGAGGAGAUUGAAAAGGCCGAAGGGAACACAGAGACCAGUUUCAAUGAACAAAACCUCAUUCAAGUUCUUCUUGACCUAAUUGCGGCAAACACUCAAGCCACAACUGCCACCCUCACCUGGGGGCUUAUUUUCAUGGUCCUUCAUCCUGAAGUUCAAAAAAGAGUCCAUGAAGAAAUUGAUACAGUGAUUGGCGGAGUGAAAUCAAUCACGAUGAAGGACCAGUCAAAUCUACCAUAUACUACCGCUGUAAUCCACGAAAUUCAGCGUUAUGCUGAUGUUACACCAGUUAUAUUUCCUUAUGUGGCAUGCAAUGAUACUGAAGUUGGAGGGUUUGUCAUCCCUAAGGAGACUCUGGUCAUUAAUCACUUGUCUUCUGUGCUGAAGGAUGAAACUAUGUGGGAGAAGCCACAUGAAUUUUACCCAGAGCAUUUCCUUGAUGCAAAUGGACAGUUUGUCAAGCGAGAGGCCUUCCUCCCUUUUUCUCUAGGUCGCCAUGCUUGCCUUGGAGAGCCUUUGGCUAAAAUUGAGCUCUUCAUCUUCUUCACUAGCCUCAUGCAACGUUUUACUUUUCGCAUUCCUGAAAACGCCCCUAGACCCUCAGAGGAAAGGAGAUUUGCCUUGGUAGUCUUCCCAUUACCAUUCCAGAUCUUUGCAUUUCCCAGAUAAUGGUCGAGAUCCUGUGAUGUUGCAUGUAGCACAAUAUUUUGGCACAUGGAAUUACCCUACAGCUUCCCUAUCACCAGCCCCAAGACUCACCCUGCCAUUCUCAUAUACCUUCCCCAGCUAUUCCAUUAUUGGGAAAGAAUGGGGAGGAUCUGAGAAGCACUUGGCAAUGUUCCCAUUGCUAGAUUCAAGGAAAUCUUAUGCUAAACUCCGCAGAGUUUUUGUGGACCCCCUGAUGCAGAUGAUGCCAUCCCUUUGCAUCUGGC